UAUCCAAACCAAUUCCAUUACCUAUCUUCUCCUUGAAUUUCAUCUAUUUUCCCUUCCAAUGGAGACUGAUCCUUCGCGUCAACAAAUUGCUGCCAUGAGGCAAUCCUUCUUUAAUGAGGGGAUUUUGGACGAACAGUUCAGUCAACUGGAGGACCUUGUGGAUGAAGAUUGUCCCAAUUUUGCAGAGGAAGUGAUUACCCUGUUUUAUAGGGACACAACCAAACUUUUGGACAAAAUUGAGAAGUUGUUGGAACAAUACCCUGAUGAGUUUCCAUGGAUCGACAAGUGUCUGCAUCAGCUCAAAGGCACCAGUGCCAGCAUUGGAGCUAUCAAGAUCCAAGCAGAAGCCAUCAAGACAAGGGAGUUUUGCAAGCAAGGAAAUCUGGAAGAGGCAAUGGCCAGUUUCAAGCAGCUGCGCGUGGAGCAUGAUACACUCAAGACAAAGCUUGAGCCCUAUUUUCAGCUGAUGAGGCAAGCACGUCCUGUGGAGACAGCUGUGCGUCCGAAGGAAGAUCUUUGAGAGGAUCGAAAAGCUGGUGUUGAAUGCCCCUGACUGAAUUCACCACCACCAUUUUUUCUUCAGUUUAAAGAGCCUGUCUGAAAUAAAAGCAGCAGGGGUGAUGUGCUUGUGUUUGUGUGGGGUUUGUCUGUCUGUCUAUCUGUCGUGCGUUUGGUCCUUUUGUUUUCCUGGUCUGGUCUGGUCUGCUCUGCUCUGGUGUAAUAAAGGCUUCCUAUAUCU